UGACCGGCGAGGCCCUGCUGUACUCGCGCACCCCAAAAUGGCUCGGAAGCAGGACGAGCAGAGAGGGGGCGCGCCCUUGAUGGCGGAAGGCAAGUCGGACGCGGAGGUUAGGCUCAUUCUGUACCACUGGACACAUUCUUUCAGCUCUCAAAAGGUGCGCUUGGUAAUUGCUGAAAAGGCAUUGAAGUGCGAGGAACAUGAUGUAAGUCUGCCCCUGAGUGAGCACAAUGAGCCUUGGUUUAUGCGUUUGAACUCAACUGGAGAAGUGCCUGUCCUUAUCCACGGGGAAAACAUUAUUUGUGAGGCCACUCAGAUCAUUGAUUAUCUUGAACAGACUUUCCUGGAUGAAAAAACACCCAGGUUAAUGCCUGAUAAAGGAAGCAUGUAUUACCCACGAGUACAACAUUAUCGAGAACUGCUUGAUUCAUUGCCAAUGGAUGCAUAUACACAUGGCUGCAUUUUACAUCCUGAACUAACUGUGGACUCCAUGAUCCCAGCUUAUGCAACCACAAGGAUUCGCAGCCAGAUUGGUAACACAGAAUCUGAACUGAAAAAACUUGCAGAAGAAAACCCAGAUUUACAAGAGGCAUACAUCGCAAAACAGAAGCGACUUAAAUCAAAACUUCUUGACCAUGACAAUGUCAAAUAUUUGAAGAAAAUUCUUGAUGAAUUGGAGAAAGUCUUGGACCAGGUUGAAACUGAGUUGCAAAGAAGAAAUGAAGAAACCCCAGAAGAGGGCCGCCAGCCUUGGCUCUGCGGAGAAUCCUUCACCCUGGCAGACGUUUCGCUCGCUGUCACAUUGCAUCGGCUGAAGUUCCUGGGGUUUGCGAGGAGAAACUGGGGAAAUGGAAAGCGACCAAACUUGGAAACCUAUUACGAACGUGUCUUGAAGAGAAAAACAUUUAACAAGGUUCUAGGACAUGUCAACAAUAUAUUAAUCUCUGCAGUGCUGCCAACAGCGUUCCGGGUGGCCAAGAAAAGGGCCCCAAAAGUUCUUGGCACCACCCUUGUGGUUGGUUUGCUUGCAGGAAUGGGAUAUUUUGCUUUUAUGCUUUUCAGAAAGAGACUUGGCAGCAUGAUCUUAGCACUGAGACCCAGACCAAAUUAUUUCUAGGCUUGUAGGGAUCUCAUGGUGACGACUCAUCCAACUAUUCAACUAGACCCUUGUCCACUCCUCCAGGCCCAGUGGAGAAUGACCCUGGGCAACUAGUAAAAAGUUUAUUUACCUUACUCUUUGAAUAGUUUAUGUGGGGAGAGGAGAUAAUGAAAAUGUUUUUGUGGGCUGGUCACUUUGAGAUCAUUUCUUUGCAAACCGGAACAAAUCCAUCCCUAAAAUGUGCAAGGUCAAGAUAAUGUAAAUGCUGACAGAGAAUCAGACCUUUAGCUCAAAACAUCAGUUCAAAUUCUGAAUUAUUUGGGGGGAGAAGGUUCUUACUGUAAGCAGACAGUAAUAGCCUGUGAUUGCCCAUAGGUGUUCAUCUGAGACUAUCUGGAUGUGCUGAGUGUUGAGUAGUUAGCAUCAUUUUCCACUGGAAUUCAGAGAUCCCCUUUGUUUCACAGCCAGUCCAGCCAGCAGCAGGGUGCAGCAGCAUUUCAUAUGAUCACUGUUAGCUUCGGGCAGAAAUGAGAGACACAAAGCGAACAGGGAGAGGGAAAACAGGGAAAAUGGAGUCCAUAUAGUGAAGAGUGAAGGUGACUUCCAGGUGUCUCCGACACCACUCAUGGCUGCCUGUCCCCUCAGUAAACAUUACAUUUGGCUACUUGUGGCCAUUGCCCACAUAGCCUCCUGUAGUUGAGAAACUGGGGAAGAGGACUAGUGAGUUACUGGGGGAAUAGACUGGAGAAAACCCUGGGCUUUACACUCAGAGCUCCUCAUCUGACCUUAGUACUAAUUUUAAAUAUAUGAAUCACACUCACUGUUUUAAUAAGAUUAACUGCUAAUACACUUUGGUGAAAUGCCCACUGAAACAUUUCUGCUUAGCACUGACAUGAACAUCUUGAGUGAUAUAAGAUGGUUCCUUUCUUCUUUCUUUUCCUCAUGGUUCCCCCAAUUGGAUGCUGCCUGAGAAAUAUUCCUAUGGACUGUUGUCUCUGGUCACUGGGUGUCUUGCCUUCUACAGCCCCUUUUAGCACACAGGUGGGAGUCAGGUGCAGGUCUCAGCCAAUCCCUAACAUGGCACGUGGCUAGGUAGUAGGUGUUUGAAUGAUCUGGAAGUACUCAAUAUGCUCAUUCUGAUUUUGAAGAGGCUGGUGUGUUAAACCGUUGUCUAGGCCUUGCAUCUGUUGAUUGUUAUUAACAGAGCCCUAAAAGGUUAAAGAGAAAGAGAAAACUCUAGUCUUAGCCCAUGCAAAUUAAUUUAGGGGAAAUGAAAUAAGUCAAUAGUGAGGUCCAUUUGUAUUCUUCAUGUGUGUCUAGGCAUUUCAGGGGGUCCCUCAGUCCAUCUGGAAGGGAUAAUCCCAGUGUGUUCUGUGAAUGACUAUGGAACUGCAUUAAUACAGUUUUCACUCAGAUAAAACUUCUCAUGGUGACAGGAAGAUAUAGUUUCCCUGCCAUUGGCCUGAAAGGAGUUGGGGGGACAGUUUUAGGUCUCCGGCAGGAAGUAUGUAUAAGGAAUGAUGAGCUAAGGUUCCAGCAAAUAACAAAAGCUUGCUUGGAUUGCCUCAGGCUGGCUAUGCAAAAUAGUCAAAGAAUGUACUGACUUUUUUAUUAAUAGGGAACAGUCAAACUUAGGAAACAAUGACUUUUGAUGGUAAAAUGAGUCUGUAAUUCCAUUUCAUGAAUCAGUUGUUUUUAGAAAAUCUUGAUGAAAUGGACAUUCCUUGUUUACAAAAAUUAAUAACAUCUCAGUGCAGAUUGGCAGCUUUUAUAAUGUCUUAAUAUUAUCCCUCCCGUGCACUGUCAUAUACAGUAGUUGGAUUUGUUUGUUGCUGGGACAUUCCAAUCCCUAUGUUCAUAAAAGAGCCACAAAACUGAUUAUUCAGUAGUUUGUAGUGUUUCAGAGAUCUUUGUAUCACCCUGCAAGAAGCAAGAAUUCAGACAUGAAGAAAACUGGAUUUUUAUGAAAAUCUACAAAAGGGUAUUUAUCUAUGUAAAAGUUGUUGAUUAAAAAUAAAGAUUAGGAGCCCAGUGCUGGCUUUUCCUUAAAUCUACUGAAUCAGAGAAAGUAUACUGGGAAGUGUAAUUUUCUGAUAGUUUCAUUGGAAAUAUGCUGUCAAUAUUAAAGAUGAUGCAUCGUGAUGAUUUCACUUGUUUCAUCCAUACUCUUGGGUUUAGACUCAUAAAAUGUUUGGGGACAUAAUGACCACUAGAUGUCGCUGUUCACACAGUAGUCUGAGAUUGGGCAUUCUCUAGGUUCGGCAAGCCCUCUAAAAUGGCUCAAGUGAAGAUAAACAUUAAUGACCUUAAUUUCUGAAAUGAGGGCAUCUUCAUCAGAUCAUCCAUCUGUACAAAAGCUUGAGGCACAUGUAGUAUUGAUUUCUAAUGCUUUAGAAGGGAUAACAGUACCACACAAUGUCAAACUAAAGAGCUAAACAUAUACUACUAGCAAAAUAAGCACUUUUAUCUAUUUCAAGAUCAUUGGUGACUGGCCAGUGUGUUCCUCAGUUUCCAAAGUUUGUAUAAAUAUCAUAAUUAUAAAAAUGUCUGAGGUACUAAAUUUAGGCUGGCUGUGUAUGUCUUAAUACAUAAAUACUGUUUUAUUGUUAUUGUAAUUAUAUGCCUUUUGAAUCUGUUUUCCUUAAUUGCAGAGAGUUGUAAAUGCUUGCUUGAUUUUUGGUCAUUAUUGAUAUUGACACCAGAGUUGUAGAUAUUUGGUGUUGUUUAAUGUAGUAGAUCAAGAUGCUAUUCUACUUGUAAGAUCAAUAAAAGUAAUUGGAUAAUCAAUAUGAA